UUACCAAACAGAUAGGUCACGUGUGUUACGUAUUGUUCUUCGAUUUCCUUUGCAUCACUACAAUUUUCUUCUUUCUUCUUCUUCUUCCACCUCUUCUUUUUUAAAACCCUAACCCUAUCUCUCUCUCUCUCUCUCUCUUCAAUCAUCCAUGGAAGCUCUCGAUUCGAACCCUCCCAACGAUCUACCACCACAACCCGAUUCAACAUCAGACUAUCAAAACCAAUCCCAAGCCCUAAUCCCCCAAAACGGCACCAAUGGAAACCCAUCGGAGAACGGCCAACUCGCCGCCGAUACCGGUUCGCGGCCACAUAUUACAAAACCACUUCUAUCCGAGAAUGGUCUGACUGGUAAUACCCGAAGCGGCACCACCGACAAGGAUCAAUCAGGCGGCGAAGAAGAGACAACAAGCAAACGCCGCCGUCGAAGUCGAUGGGACCCACAGCCAGAUUCAAACGAUCAGGCUGGAGGCGAAUUAGGCGCCGGAACGAAGAAAAGGAAGUCGCGAUGGGCAGACGAUGAGCCGAAACCGGUAAUUCAACUUCCUGAUUUCAUGGGCGGUAUUGAAUUCGAUCCCGAAAUUCAAGCUUUGAAUAGUAGAUUACUUGAGAUUAGUAGAAUGUUACAAUCUGGUUUACCUUUAGAUGAUCGUCCUGAAGGUGCUAGAUCUCCCUCACCUGAACCUAUAUAUGACAAUAUGGGUAUUAGAAUUAACACUAGAGAGUAUCGUGCUCGUGAGAGAUUACAAAAAGAGAGACAAGAAAUUAUAUCUCAGAUUAUUAAGAAAAACCCUGCAUUUAAGCCACCUGCUGAUUAUAGACCACCAAAGCUUCAGAAGAAGCUUUAUAUACCAAUGAAAGAAUACCCUGGUUAUAAUUUCAUAGGGCUUAUUAUUGGUCCUAGGGGUAAUACUCAGAAACGUAUGGAGAAAGAAACUGGUGCUAAGAUUGUGAUUCGAGGUAAAGGGUCGGUGAAAGAAGGUAGGUUGCAACAGAAGAGGGACUUGAAACCUGAUCCUUCGGAGAAUGAAGAUUUGCAUGUUUUGGUGGAGGCUGAUACCGCUGAUGCGCUUGAAGCUGCUGCUGGUAUGGUAGAGAAGCUUUUGCAGCCUGUGGAUGAGGUCUUGAAUGAGCAUAAGAGGCAACAGCUUAGGGAGCUUGCAGCUUUGAAUGGGACUAUUAGGGAUGAAGAGUAUUGUAGGUUGUGUGGGGAACCUGGUCAUCGCCAAUAUGCGUGUCCUACGAGGACUUCGACUUUUAAGAGUGAAGUUGUUUGUAAGCAUUGUGGGGAUGGUGGUCAUCCUAGUAUAGAUUGUCCGGUGAAAGGUGCUACGGGGAAGAAGAUGGAUGAUGAGUAUCAGAAUUUCUUGGCUGAGUUAGGUGGUACGGUUCCUGAAUCUGCAAUAAAGCAAACCAGUACUUUGGCAAUUGGGUCGGGCAAUUCUGGAAGCAAUCCACCUUGGGCUAACAAUUCUGGUUCGGCUGGUAGUACACCACAAGCUGGCUUAGGGGUUGGUGCAGUUAAAAAGGAAAUUGAUGAUACAAAUUUGUACAUUGGGUAUUUGCCACCCACUCUUGAGGAUGAUGGCUUGAUCCAAUUGUUUCAACAAUUUGGUGAGAUUGUCAUGGCGAAAGUUAUUAAGGAUCGACUGACAGGUUUGAGUAAAGGAUAUGGGUUUGUGAAGUAUGCUGAUAUCACAAUGGCAAACAAUGCGAUUGUGGCCAUGAAUGGUUAUCGCCUCGAGGGCCGAACCAUUGCAGUGAGAGUUGCUGGUAAGCCGCCUCAGCCUGUUGUACCUCCUGGCCCACCAGCUUCUGCUGUGCCGACUUAUCCUGUUCCAAAUCAGCAAAUGGGUGCCUAUCCAUCCCAACAGUAUACUGGUGGUGGUCCCCUUGGAAGUGCUCCUCCUGGGAGUUACGGUGGUACCCCAGUUCCAUGGGGACCUCCUGUUCCUCCUCCAUACAAUCCAUAUGCUCCUCCUCCACCUGGGUCAACUAUGUAUCCUCCUAUGCAAGGUCAACCUAUGCCUCAUUAUGGUGUUCAAUAUCCUCCUCCAAUCCAUACGGGUCCUCCCGGUGCUACGUCCCAGCCCAUGAAUUCUAGUGAAAUGCAGCAGAAUUAUCCUCCUGGAGUGCAGUCUGAUAAUAAUACAUCUUCUCAGUCUGUACCGGGCAACAUGUAUGGGAACACAGUACCAUCAAUGCCGCCAGCAGCUCCACCAACAUAUCCUGCAUCUUACGGAUAUCCUCCUCCACCUUACUACAAUGCAGUUCCUCCACCACCUCCCCCAUCGGCCCCUGCAACUUCAGACCAAUCCCACAGCAUUGCAAAUGCGCCUUGGGCUAGUAAUCAUCCUGUCCCACCUCCUGCUGCUGACAAGACAACAUAUGGUGCCGAUCAAUCCCAGAGCAUUGGAAAUGUGCCUCCUCCUAACUCAUCAGCAGAGAAGACAUCAUAUGGAGCUGAUUCAGAGUAUGAGAAAUUCAUGGCAGAGAUGAAAUGAUAUAGUUUCAUUUUCAUCGUUCUUCAAACUUCUGAAGGGCCUGAUGUUUCUUGGAGCUCUUGUGAACCUGAUUUCUUAACCUCUUGCCAUGUCUUUCUUGGAAGUUUGGGACUCACUUCUUUAACCUUGCUGUACUGUUAUGAAAUUUGCAGAGAAUUUGGGCUGGAAGUUGAGAAACAAUCUUCAUAUAGUGGGAGACAACAUCAAAAGCUCAUUAUUAUUAUGAUGAUGACCUUUAUUAAUCUUUUUUGUUGUGUAGGACUUAAUACUGUCUGCAUUUUUUCUGUGGCGUUUUAUUGAUUGACACCAUAAUGUCUGGUUGCUAAUGUUUCCUUUUGAAAGCUUGUUUGAACUUUUAUGGGAGCUGGUACCUGGUGUUUUUUGUUUAUGUUCUUCUAUUGUCACUUUCAGUUGAUUUUGUUCAUUAAGAACUGAUUCUCUAACUUAUAGUUUUGGUGAUGAGUUUAAAUCUUUUUUUUGAGGACUAAUUCUCUUUAUCACUUGGUGCUGAAGCUGCCUUUAAUCACACAUCUUAUCCCGAAGGUAAUCAUGCCUUGCUAUUUAUUUUAGGCAUUUCGGGUUGGUAUACGAGAUUUGUUUUUUUAACAAUCCAUGUGUGACAGGUAAAAGACUUGCAACAGAUUUAUAUUUCUGGCAUUAUAUAUGUCAGACCUUGGUGGCGUUUUUACAUUUUACCUCUAACUAAAUAAGCUGACAUGGUGUUAUGAACACCAAGUUCUUGUAUCAUGAUACAGGCAAUUAUCAAGUUUCUCAUUUGUUUCUGAAGUGAUCAUGUGGUCCUCUGUUGACACCAUCAAUGUUUUGGGCAUUAGAUGAAGGCUGAGGUGAAAACCGUUGUUGGUAGUGUUUGUUGUUGUUAAAUGCUUCGUUUAGAUGUGUUGCUGGGUGAAGUUAAAAUAGAUUAUUAAGAAUUUGAGUUGUAGAAUUUUGAUACGUUUUCUUGUUGACACCUGCUCCUUUUUUUAAUCAAAACAUACAGUUCUGUUGUA